GCUACAACUGACUCCCUAUAAUUGUAAUAUUUGGCAUUGCAAAUGCUAUGGUGUUUUUAAUGAGCAAGACUGAAGAUAGUGACUUCCCCUUUGCCAGACAGAUACAAAGCAUUGGAUGGGCUGAGCGUUGUUUGCUGCUGACUUCCUCGAAAUUACAGGCAAAUCAACAAGAAACACUGCAUCCUUUGCAAGCGGUUGGUCAUUUUCUCUGCUCUCAAUCUCUCUAUAAAUACUUUGGAUUAUGGAAAGAAUGACUCUUUGAUAAAAACUACUUUAUACAAUUGCUCAGGGAAUUCUUGAUCAGAUAAUGGGAGAAGAAACCGAAAAACUGGAGGCCGUAAAAAACAUUUGUG